UGUACAUUAUACAUUGUAAAGAAUACGUUGGUUAAAACACAUGGUACAGCUCGCUUUAUAGUGGGUUUAUAAGCUGCAUCUAAUGACUUGAUUUGAUGAUUAAUACAUAAUUUAUUAAUGCAUUUUAUCAGUCAUUGAUAGAGUCACUUUUGUGUUGUUCCAGGUUGGGAAAAAUCCCUUUAACUGUAAUUUAUUGUCCUCCAGCAUUCCAUUUGCUUUUCCUUUUUAGCUAAAUCUUGAGUUUAUCAAGACUCCAUAACCUAAAUCUGACCACAAAGGGCUGCAGAGAAAUCUGGACCAAACCUAUCCAUUUAUUAUCAACUGUUCAACAUUUAUAUUAUCUGCAGACUGUAAGUUGUAAGUGAUUAUAAAGCACUAGUCAAAGAUUUAUUAACCAUUACUAAAGCCAUUAGUUACAAUUUAUAAACCCAUAAUGAAGGGUGCCUUAUUAGAAAAUGGUGCCAAAUUUGGCCAACUAACUAUUAUUUGGAUUAUAUUAAUAUUUGGAUUAUGUUCAGUGAAAACUUUACAUUGCAAUUUUCACAUUCAAUUCAAUUCAAUUUUAUUUAUAUAGUGCCAAAUCACAACAACAGUUAUCUCACAGCGCUUUUCAUAAAAGAGCAGGUCUAGACCGUACUCUAUGAUGUUAUGUUAUGUUAGGUCCAAAACCCAAGCAUAGGCUGUUCGGUUUACUUUCAUACAGUAUAUGAAAAGGAAAAGCAUCAAAUGCUCAUACUUGAGAAGCAAAUGUUUUGCUUUAAAAAUGACUAAAUAGAUUUAUGGAUUAUCAAAAUGGUUGCAGACUUCUUAUGGGCUUAUUAGCUAAUGAUAUACAGUAAGUAAAAGUAUAAGAGGAGACCUUCUCUAACCACUGUACAGAAUGUAUGUCACAAUGUAUCAUUAAUUAAUGUAUCUUUGAUACAGAAACUAAAUCCAAUAAGUCUUUAGUGACUUCAAUAUGACACUGGGUAAAAUUAAGAGUUGCAUUCUUCUGCUUUAUAUUUUAUAUGCUGGAGCUGUCCGUGGUCCUGAACUUGUAAUCUUACAGACCUGCCGUGUAAAAGUCUUUAAUUGGCUGGCAACGUGCUAAUUUAAGGCAUACUAUGGUAGAAACCAUCAUGUGAAGGGUAAAAACACUUCAACUGCAUAUAAAACAUUCAAAAGUCUUAUACUGCAUGAAAAAAUCUCUCUUCCAUUCUCACUGUGGUCGUGAUACCUCGUGUUCAUCGGCAGGUCACAUCUACCAACUUUAUUUUUUAUUUACCUCUACAUCACGGCACCACAACCAAUGGGAUACUUCACAGCAAACCAAAAUGUCACUGGGAUGACGUUGUUGCUGGCGUAGGGCUGCAGUUUGAUGGCUCCUACUAAAUGAACGCAGUGGGAAUGGACGAUCAAGACACGCUGCUGGACAGACGGUGCGCACUGCUGACCUCCGCGCACAUUAUCAGUUCGGCAGAAUUUCUCAUCAGAUUUUCACUUGUGAGGAUUUCUGCCUGAUUUGUGUUUUUCUUUGUAGAGAUACGUGUUGGUUGACCUCCCCAACUGUAUUCUUUAUUAUAGGACACGAGUGAGGACACAGCAUGCUGCCGUCCCUGAAGACCCUGCUGCUGCUCUCGAUCGUGUGCACACCGACCUCCAGCCUGUGCCUCCGCCUCUACCAGACCCGCACUAACCUCCUGUGCGACGACCAGAUGGCAGUCGGGGUCCGGAGCGACAAGUUCGAUCCGGCUUACUCUCCCAUGGACGGCUGGGGGUCCCUCCUGCAGUCCGCGGAGUAUCUCUCCUCCUCUUCCUCCUCCUCCUCCUCUUCUUCUGCUGAGUCCAGUCGGGAAAAAAGGACUUCUAGUCCCGCAAACUACCGCUUCAUGAGCCGGACGAAGCUCAGAGGGCAGAUGCUCCGCAACAGCAGCAAAGGGGACCGGAGGAGCAGGGUGACCCUGUCCCUGGAUGUCCCGACCAACAUCAUGAACGUCCUAUUUGAUGUAGCCAAGGCCAAAAACCUACGCGCCAAGGCGGCCGAGAACGCGCGACUGCUGGCUCAGAUUGGACGGAGAAAGUGAACCUGUUGGACAAACUUAGAUUUAACAGACAGCCAUGACCAGUGUUGGCCUCCUCGUUACUCAGUUAUAAAUAAUUACUUCUUGUUCACUUUUAAAGUAAUGGUAUUGAUUUGUUUCUUAGGGGAAGGGUAUUACAGGUAAAAGAAGCAUUUCUAAUAUCGUUUAAAUGCUCUCAUGUGAAAGGUCCUUGGAAUCAAAGUCUCUUAUAUUCUUUUUUUUGGUGGGGGACAAUAAACAUUGUGAACUAAUGAAA